GUAGCCCAAUUAUACAUGCCAACAGCAACCAGAAAGCAGACGCACUACGCUUGGCUGGCAGCCUCAACACAAACCUUCAGAUCCCUCUGCAACACAGUCGGGCUCACUGGUGUCUGUGGGAAGUCUGACGUGCCAGCAGCAGCUACAUCUUGGACUCUCGUCAGGAUGCAAAUCAGGAGAAUCAGGAUGCCGUCCACCUUCUUCGUAUUGUCUGUUGUUUUCUUCCUGGACAUGGGAGUGUGCACUGCAGUGCAAUCAGAGAUGAGAAUCACAACAAUAAAGCAAGAGCCAUAUGCAAUGUCCAAAGGCUCACAACUGGAAGGCUUCUGCAUGGACCUGCUCUCCGAAAUAGCCAAAAAACUGGGCUUCAAGUACAGAGUGCAGCUGGUAAAAGAUGCUUCGUACGGCCGACAAGAUGAGAGCGGGAACUGGAAUGGGAUGAUUGGAGAGGUGGUUAGAGGGGAAGCCGACCUUGCGAUCGCUCCGCUGACUCUUACUGCGGCUCGGGAGAAAACGGUGGGGAUGACCAAACCGUUCAUGCAGACGGGAAUCAGCAUCCUGCUGAGGAAGGACAUCUCAGAGGGAAUUGGCUUCCUUGAUUUCCUGUCCCCCUUUGCAGUCGAGACCUGGGUCGGUAUACUUGUUGCCUACCUGGGGACGGCUGCUUGCAUCUGCAUCGUUGCCAGACUUAGCCCAUGCGAGUGGAGUCAGCCUCAAAGUGAGCACAACCGAUUCAGCCUCCUCCACAGCCUGUGGUACACAGCGGGAGCUUUCACACUCCAAGGUGCCGGGCCACACCCCAAAGCUCCUUCAGGACGUGUCAUCAGCUGCACCUGGUGGUUGUUUACCAUCGUCCUCCUGGCGUGUUAUUUCUCCCACCUCAGCUCCUCCAAGACCCCCGAGUCCACACACCUGACGGUGAAAGGUUUUGAGGACUUGGCCAAUCAGGAUACAAUUGAGUAUGGCUGCCUGUCUGGCUCUUCCACCCUCGCCUUCUUUAAGAAUUCAAACAACCCAGUGUACCGCAGAAUCUACGAGCACAUGGAGAGAACCAGGAGUUUUGUGUCAUCCAUGGACGAAGGAGUCCGGCGUGCAAAAGAAGGAGACUUUGCCUUCAUCGGAGAGUCGGUUUCUUUGGAUUUGGCCGUUGCACGCCACUGUGAGCUGGUCAGGGCACACGAGGUCGUUGGAAUGAGGGGGUACAGCAUCGCCGCCACCCUCGGCUCACCCAUCAUCAAGAACCUCAGCGUGGCGAUCCUGCAGCUGAGCGAGGCAGGGGAGCUGGCCUACCUGCGGAGCAAGUGGUGGGCCAGCAGCUGCAUGGCGGACAAGGCCAAGUCCUCAGCUGUGCAGCAACACAGCCUCAAGGGGAUGUUUGUGCUUCUCUCCCUGGGUCUGGGGCUGGGAGCGCUGCUCGCCGUCCUGGAACUCGCCUCCAAGAGCCGCAGAAGUGCCGCUGAGCAGAAGAUAUCCUGCUGCACGGUACUGACUGAAGAACUGAGUCUACGCUUGAGGAGCAGCAAUGCAAACAAACCCCAAGAAAAUGUAGACAAAGAUAAAGAAAAAGCGUGAACAUUCUAGCAAACACGUCGUUUUAACAAGUAACAUGAAUAUAUCACCUUGGUUUUAGGGAGAUACGACGUAUCUUGUCAUUGUCUUGUAGUACUUUGACAUGGACAUUAAUUUAUCUGUAGGUUUUGAACCUCGUAGUUCUAACGAUACAUCAGAAAAAAAAGAGAAAUCACUUAAUAUGAUAAAACCUUUAUUAAAUUACUAAUUGUAUUGAUUUCCAAGUAAGAAUGCUACAAUUUUGAUGAAAAAGCAAUUGCUGAAUAUUAAAAAAAACAAUUAUUAAAAAGAUCCAACUAACAAAUAAUGCUCAUGUACCUACUUUGUUAUUCAAAUUAACAUGUUUUGUACAGUUGGCAAUGGCAUUACGUAACAUCCACAAUAAAAAAUGAUCAUGCUUGAAAGCUGUGCUGACAUUACAACAAUAAAAAACUGUCUAAUCAAGGAA